CUCCUCGCGCGCCUUCCCAUCACUUCCUGUUCCUCAAACGCUACGUCUCUCGUCUGGGCAGAAGGCGGCAGCAGCAGCAGCAGCCUACGCGUAUCCCACAGGUGUGUGUUCCUGACCAAAGCGAGAGCUCCCGAAGAGAUACACACCUGGAAGGAACCAUCAUGUGACCGGCACCUGGGCGUGGAGAAAGUCCUUUGUAUUUCCCUGACUCCUUUUGUGAGUUGCCCGUGUCGUCUUUGAGCAAGGAACUCCCUGUCGGUCGAGCAGUAAUCCUGUUUUCUACGGAAUAGUGCCUUUUUUUUGCAGCCGCCUGUAGACCCGCGAGCAGAAAGAACAUGAGCCUCGGGUUCAUGUGACCGAAGGGACUCCAGGUCUGGACUUCGGAUUUUUGGAACUACUGUUGGUUUUUUCCUCCAAGAGCCGGGCCCUUAAUGAAGCAGAGGGUCAGCGACAGUGUGCGGCUAAUUGGCCAAGUGUGCCCGGGGCUCCGGCUGCCUGCCUUUGAAGUGUCCAGCGAGGCCCCGCCGCGCCAGCCCAACUGUUCCCGCACCUCCUCCUCCGCCGCCGCCGCCGCCGCCGCCGCCACCACCGCCACGCGGCUCCGUCUCACUCCAGCAGCCCAGACAGCCACAGCACCUCCAGCCCUCGCUCCCUAGUGAGUGCCGCUUCCCUUUUCCCCGAGAUGGCAAGCCGGCUUUCCCUCCUCCUCCCCUUCCUCCUUCCCAUCUGCCUGUCGUUGUCGCGGGGCGAGGAGGAGCUCCAGAAGAUCCCACAGCUGUCCUUCACAACCGAGACGCCCAUCAACAACGUGGUGCAGGACCCGGGCAGCGGGCGCAUCUACCUCGGCGCCGUCAACGCCAUCUUCCAGCUGGGGCCCGCCCUCAACCAGGAGGCGAGGGCCGAGACGGGCCCCAAGCUGGACUCCCGGACCUGCACCCCUCCGCCUUCCGCCUGCCAGGACACCAAACUCAUGCCCAACCUCAACAAGCUGCUGCUGGUCCACCCGGCCAACGGCUCGCUCAUCGUCUGCGGCAGCCGCUACAAGGGCAUCUGCUCGCUUCUCAACCUGACCAACGUGGAGCAGCAGCUGUACUACAGCGACAACAAGGGCGAGAGGACCUACGUGGCCAGCAUCGAGGACAACGUCAACGUGGUGGGCGUCAUGUCCACGUACCACCUGAAGGACACCCAGGACGAGUUCAGCGUCUUCGUGGUGGGCAAGGGCUACGGGCGGAUGGACAGCACCAAGCUCAUCAGCACGCGCAUCCUGGAGGACCGGCGCGAGUGGGUGGUGUUCGAGAGCAUCGUGGAGGCCUCGGCCGUGCAGACGGCGCCCUUCGCGCCCAAGCACCAGCACGACUUCCGCCACGCCUUCAAGGACGACGGCUUCGUCUACUUCCUGUUCUCCAGGACCCGGGACGGGACGGACAACAAGAACCUGACGUAUGUGUCGCGCAUCUGCGAGUCGGACAACAACUACUACUCCCACACGGAGCUGAUGCUGAGCUGCGGCCCGGGGAACCUCUACAACAAGGUUCAGGCCGCGUACGUGGCCAUUCCCGGCAAGGAGCUGGCCCAGAGCUUGACCGAGUCGGGCCAGAGCAGUAAGGUCAACCACAUGGAGAAGGUGCUGUUCAUGGUGGCCAGUUCGCCGGAGGAGGACGGCGACUCCAACUCGGCCCUCUGCAUGUACCCGCUCAAAGCCAUAAACGAGCGUCUGAAGGAUAUCAUCAACGCCUGCUACUUCGACAUGGGGUCCAUCGGCGGGAAGCCAGCGGUGGACAUCCCCUACUUCUCCAAGAGAGAUGAGUUCUGUAAAACCCCGAUUACCCCGGACACGUUGGUAACCUGUGGCGCAGACUUCUUGCCUUCUCCUCUGGCCAGUAAGCCUGAGUUUGGUCUGAAGGGUCAGCACGUCGAGGUCAGGGGCUUGCUGACCGCCGUGGCCAUCGCCGUGGAAAACGACCACACCAUCGCCUUCUUGGGAAACGACCAGGGAGAGGUCUCCAAGGCCCACCUGAAAGGCACGUCUGAAGUCUUUGGCAAGAUCCCAGGACUAACUGCGGGGGAACGGGUGAACAAGAACCUCUUCUUCGACCACGGAGAGGACUACCUUUACAUCACCACUGAGAAAAAGAUCACCAGGGUGCCGGUGCAGACGUGCAACCUGAAGACGGACUGCAAGUCCUGUAUCGACCUGAAGGACCCCUACUGUGGCUGGUGUGUCCUGGAGGGAAGGUGCACGCGGCGUUCCGAGUGCCGCAGGGCGGAGGAGAAGAACGGCUGGCUCUGGAGCCCCGGGCGGGAGUGUGUGAAGAUCCUCUCCUUCUCCCCCCCCAACCUCUCCUGUCACAAGACUCAGCAGGUGGAGAUCAACAUCCCGUCCCUCCCCACCAUCUCCGCGGCGGACCGCCUGCUCUGCGUCUUCCAGGAGGACUUCCGGAGCAAGGGCUCAAUGUCAGGGACGGGCCAGGUCAUCUGUAAACUCCCAAACCCCGCGCACAUACCGGCCACGCCCGAAGGCCAAGAUUUCGUAGCUGUGCCGGUCAAGAUCUUCGUCAACGAGACGGUGGAGCUGGCCACCAGAGAGUCUCAAAUUCUACAACUGCUCGGCCACCGUGAGGAAAGCUGA